CAAUGGCCGAGUGGAAGGAUGGACUGAAUGAGGCCUGGGCCGAGCUGCUGGAGCUCAUGGGCACACGGGCCCAGCUGCUGGCCGCCUCUCGGGAGCUGCAUAAGUUCUUCAGCGACGCCCGAGAGCUUCAGGGACAGAUCGAGGAGAAGCGGAGGCGGCUGCCCCGCCUGACCGCCCCGCCUGAGCCCAGACCCAGUGCCAGCUCCAUGCAGCGGACCCUUCGCGCCUUUGAGCAUGACCUGCAGCUCCUCGUGUCCCAGGUGCGGCAGCUGCAGGAGGGGGCAGCCCAGCUGCGGACAGUGUAUGCGGGCGAGCAUGCUGAGGCCAUCGCUAGCCGAGAGCAGGAGGUGCUGCAGGGCUGGAAGGAACUACUGACUGCCUGUGAGGACGCCCGCCUGCAUGUCAGCUCUACAGCCGAUGCCCUGCGCUUCCACAGCCAGGCCCGUGACCUGCUCUCCUGGAUGGAUGGCAUCGCCGGCCAGAUUGGGGCAGCCGACAAACCCAGGUGCCCCUCAUCCCACCUUGGGCUUCCUACCUGCCUCUGGAAGUCUGCUCCAGCUCCUCCCAUCCUAUUGACAGUCCCCUUAUAA